AUGGCUGUCGGCGAGGACUGUGCCCUACCGAAGCGGCGGCUUGGAACUGUGCAAGCCGUGCUUGUAGACUUCGAUGCCACCCUUACAGUCCGCGAGGAGAUCCCUGCAUGGCGUUUGUUUCCGGAGAAGGGAGGCUUUGAUCGCGAAGUCGAUGCUUCGGAGGCGAAGAGCGCAUCCGGGGCUUGGAGAAGAUGUUCCGCCGGCUCGACGAGGCCGAUGUUGAACUUCACGUGGUUUCAUGGGCCGACCGUGAUGUUAUCGAGCGUGCGCUUUCUCUCCUUGGCCUGCUGA